AUGAGCGGGGGAGGGGUUAACGCAGAGGAGAACUUGAACCGGUUGGAUGAACAUCAUAUAGCGGCACAUUUAUUCCAAAAGCCGACACGUGUCCUUACUCCUCAUGGCACGCUCGUAGAUGUUUUCACGGUGGAUCUUGCGGAUCCAAGCAUGGAAAUUAGGCGGCAGAGGCUUGAGCCUUAUUUGAGACGCACGGGAUUUUACCACGCCGCUUUGAUCAAGCGCUUCGAGUACGACAAUCCACUUAUUAGUGCCUUCGUUGAACGAUGGCGACCGGAGACACACACCUUUCACCUCCCUUGGGGCGAGUGUACGGUAACCCUGGAAGAUGUAGCAAUGCAGUUAGGGUUACCUGUUGAUGGUCAGCCCGUUAGUGGUACUUUGAGGUCAUGGAGCAAGUUUCACCAAAGAGAUAUUUGGGAAUGGUGUCAUGAACUUCUAGGUGAGGUUCCCGCCGGCCACGUAGGGACAACAAAGUUCAACAUAAAGUUGAAGUGGCUCAGAACUCGUCUUCAGCAGAUGCCGCUUGACUUAGAAGAUAAUGGCCUCAUGCAGUACGCACGGUGUUACAUACUUUACUUGUUGGGAGGAGUGCUUCUUCCAGACAAGGCGAACAACACAGUACCUGUUCGAUAUCUGCCAUUAUUGGCUGACUAUGAUGCCAUCUGCACCUACAGCUGGGGGAGUGCCGUCCUCUGUUGGUUAUAUCGUGCUAUGUGCUUAGCAACAGAUCCCAGUGUCGAGGGUAUGGCCGGUUGUCAUACGUUGCUCAUGUCGUGGAUAUACUACAGAUUACCUUUCUUCGCACCGAAUGUCACGACAGCGUAUAGUUUUUCUUUAGCCACGAGGUGGGCAGGCAAAAAAGGACAAAAUGACUAUGCUGAGCAGCGCUUAUUGAGGCACCGUCUAAGGUUGGACAAUCUUUAG